CUCUUACAAUGUCAAGCUGUACACCAAGCAAGUGUCAAAAGUUCAUCAAAAAUCAAAACAAAACCUCAAAUUCAAAAUCUAAAAACGGUUUUGUUUUGUUUACCUUAUAAUUCAACUUUCAAGUAACUUAAUAAAUUUUCUAAAACUAUGUCUGGGUUCCGGACAUUAAAAGAGGUCGGAUGUAAGCUAGAUGAGGACCUACGGAACUUAUCAAGCCAGUUAUUUUGUGUUAAAGUCAGAGAAACUGAAGAAGAUAUUAUUGCUAAGAAAUUGCAAGAUUUAACCACUUUCACAUCCAAAUACCGCCUGCUGCAUGCUAAAAUAUCAGCCUCAACACCGCAAGUUACGGACCGAGUUCUGAACGGAGCGAACAUAACGUCAGAUUUAGAAGAAACUAUCCAGAAGAGAGUCUUGGAAGGAGCAAUCACUAAAGGUUUAUCACAGAGUCGUGCCGUCCAAAACCUGAUCAGUAGUAAGGAUAGCAAGCUGAGUCCUGACUUGGUUGAUAGAAAAGAGCGUAUCCUGGAGCGCAUGCGCAGACUCCGCACCCUGGACCUGGAGCUGCACCAGCUGGACUCCGUGCUUGUUGAGAAGCAGUCGGAGCACGAGGCUGCGCGCGCGCAGUGGGACGCGCUGCUCGGGGAGCUGCGGGACCGACGCGCUUCAGCGACUGCUGAUAGUGAGAUGGUGGAACCUGGACCGCUAUACGACAAACUCCGCAUCCUAGUGGACAAGAUGGAGUGCGUUCGCGGCCUCCUGGGCCGGCUGGUGGCGGGGCGCUCGUCCAACUGUGACUGGCUGUCGGAGCCGCGCGCACUACGGGCGCUGCCACUCACGCGUCAGUUCAACACCGUCGCUAGUGUGAUGCAAGGAUCCCACGAGGAUGAGUGA